UGGCCUUUUGGGCAAUAGAGUCCUCUAUGCAUCUCUAUGCUGCCUCAUCAGAACAAUGGGGCCGGGGGUAGUUGUAUCACCUCUGGGUAAAACACACGGGUUAGUAGACAAUUACACCACUCCUGUUGCGAUAUAUGUACCUCGUUAAAAGUUGGCCUAUACAUGAGAGAAUUCUGUUUUCAUCGUGUGAAAAGCGCUCCAGACCGGUGCGUCAACUGCGAUGGAAAUAUCGAGUUGCAGUUCGUGACUGACAGCGGCAGCUGAAUCUUUUCAUGAGACCUGGACGGCUAUGGUGGUGCCCCUGCCUAACCGAUGUGAGGAGCACACAUACUUUUAGAAACUAGAUGACAGCACAACACUCUCUCCGGCCAGCUGCUAUCAUUCGGAAGAGAACUGUCACGGGAGGUUAACCUUCGGUUAGAAGACACAGUUGAGAAAAGGAAUUCAUUAGCCUAUAUAUUUCAUCAAGAGAAGAGGUAGCUAAUCUGCGUAAUCUAAAGCAAGUGGUCACGGGGUGAAUAGUAGGCUAUGGGAGCAUUAUGCUUUCCCGUAAAGGACUGAUCCCGGACGACUACUUGCUGACCCGCUUGGCUGAGGAUGUCCAGCAGCCUAAAUUCAAGGCGAGUAAAGCGCGGAAGGCUCGGUUCGUCGCCAAAAACGGAACCUGUAAUGUGGCCCACACGAACAUUCGCGAACAGGGACGGUUCCUACAGGAUGUUUUCACCACUUUAGUGGAUCUAAAAUGGCUUCACACACUUAUCAUUUUCACCAUGUCAUUUCUGUGCAGCUGGCUGCUGUUUGCAAUGGUUUGGUGGCUCAUUGCCUUUGCGCACGGUGACCUGGAUCUAAAGGGUGACGACUUUGUCCCGUGCGUAACGGACAUCCACUCCUUCGCCUCUGCGUUCCUAUUCUCCAUCGAGGUACAGGUGACCAUCGGGUUCGGGGGGCGCAUGGUUACAGAGGAAUGCUUGUCUGCCAUAGUGGUCCUCAUUAUUCAGAACAUAGUGGGCUUGCUGAUUAACGCAAUCAUGCUGGGGUGUAUCUUUAUGAAGACGGCCCAGGCCAACCGUCGCGCCGAGACGCUGAUCUUCAGCAAGCACGCCGUCAUCUCCAUACGAAAUAACAAGCUGUGCUUUAUGAUCCGUUUAGGGGACCUGCGGAAGAGCAUGAUCAUCAGUGCCACCGUGCGGAUGCAGGUGGUAAGGCGCAGCACCACUUUGGAGGGCGAAGUGGUCCCACUAGACCAGAUAGACAUUCACAUGGACAACCCCGUGGGGACCAACGGUAUUUUCCUGGUGGCCCCUCUCAUCAUAUGCCACGUUAUUAACAAAGACAGCCCGCUCUACGAGCUGUCGCCAACGGAUUUACAAAAUAAUGACAUCGAAGUGAUAGUGGUGCUGGAGGGGGUUGUGGAGACCACGGGUAUAACCACCCAGGCCCGGACAUCCUACCUGUCCGAUGAGAUACUGUGGGGGAAGCGCUUUGUGCCCACUAUAUCCGAGGAGGAGGGCAUGUAUGCGGUGGACUAUUCUAAAUUCGGGAACACAGUUAGAGUAGCGACACCCAGCAGCAGUGCCAAGAAGCUGGAUGAGGAGGGAGGCAUCGCCAGGUUUAAACUGCACGAGCACGCGACCCCGCGGCCGUCCGUGAGAAGGCGGCGGCUCUCACUGCGCAUGAAGCAAUACAGCACCAUCAGCCCACUAGCCUAAAUAGCGUACUUUUACAGGUAUAAAGGAGUUGAUAUUACCAUUGCAUUUUGUAUAUGAAAGUAAUAUAUUUGUAUUACCUAUUGAAUUUUAAUGGAUCUUUCUGUAUACUACAGAAAUGAAAUGUUUAUUAUGUCCUAGCAGUGUUCUUAUUCUGUACAAUGGCACCUAUAGGGUGUGCAGACUUUUUUUUCUUGCCCAGUCCUAACACACCUGCUUCAACCAAGGACGUUAGCAAUAGCGGUGAGUGGGUAAAAUCACCGGGGAAGCCAGAAAAGAAAAAUCCAUAUUACAACAUACAGUGGGGAGAACAAGUAUUUGAUACACUGCCGAUUUUGCAGGUUUUCCUACUUACAAAGCAUG